CACGAGUCCAUGACACAGGGUGAAAUUCAUCAUGUUGUAAAUCCAGAUCCAUACCAUGGAGUUUUUGGUUCCGAUGCCAAUCGUUAUGCCAAAGAUUUGCAAGAUCACAUUGAUUUUGGUACUUCAGGAAAAGUUGCAGGAUUUAUAGCUGAAACAAUUCAGGGAGCUGGAGGAGCAGUUGAAUUGGCGCCUGGAUACUUGAAACUGGUUUAUGACAUUGUACGCAAGGCUGGUGGUGUCUGCAUUGUAGAUGAAGUGCAAACUGGCUUUGGUCGAACAGGAAGCAAUUACUGGGGCUUUGAAUCACAGGGCGUCAUUCCUGAUAUAUUUACUAUGGCAAAGGGUAUUGGCAAUGGUUUACCAUUGGGAGCAGUUGUGACAACCCCAGAGAUUGCGAGUGUAUUGGCCCAGAAAAUUCAAUUUAAUACUUUUGGAGGAAACCCUGUAUGUUCGGCUGGGGGGCUAGCAGUGCUGAGAGUUAUUGACCAGGAGAAGCGUCAAGCUCAUUGCGCUGAUGUUGGUUCUCACUUGCUCAAGCGUUUGAGAGCUCUUCAGCAAACACAUGAAAGUAAUUACUCUUGAAUUUAACAUUUGUAAAAAAAUCAUCACACUUUUGUCUGUAUACGGGUAUCUAUUGUAAUUUAAUAGAUAAUAUUGGCCUUGCCCUUUUAGAGCACUUCCUCUAAGUCUCCAAAUUACAUUGAAAUGUGAAUCCUGUGAACCAAUUGUUAGGUUUCUAUGCACUAGUGGAAUUUCUUUCCUUA